GUUAAGGGUUGGCAGCCAAACUCAUAUCAUCAUAAUAACAAUAACAGUAUCGGCAUAUCUACAAGGGACUUUUACGUCGGUCCCUUGUGAACUGAUCGAUGUAUGUCUCUGGUCAGAGCCAGCGAAUUUGAUUGACAGCCCUGCAGGCUAUGGGCACGUGCAUUUGUUGACAACAAUUAUCGACGCUUUGCGUCGCAUUGAUGUUUUAUUCAGUAUUUCGUGGACCACGGUGUUCCUUUUCAAGGCAGUUACAAACAAACAAAGACGUCCGGUUGUUUAGGUAUUUGGCCUGCCUGUAAACGCUAUUUACUGAAGAAAUACUCCACGUCUGUAGAGGGCAGUAGAGAACAACACUCACAGAAACAAAGCGAGCGGAGUUCCGUAAAAAGUGAGAAGAAAGAUGCAGUGUUAGCGAAGCCGAAUAUCUAACACUAAUUUAGCAAUCGUUAGCAGUGUUAAAAAUGAAAUUGGUGAGUAAACAGGCUUAUUGUCUGUCUGGUCAUCCUACAUUGCCUUGCAAUGUCCUCAAGUUCAAAUCCACCACUAUCAUGCUGGACUGUGGGCUGGACACAACCUCUGUCCUCAACUUCCUGCCCCUUCCCCUUGUGCACAGCCCAAGACUCUCCAAGCUGCCAGGUUGGGUCUCUAAGGAUGGAACUGUAACCUUGGAGAAGGAGCUGAAGGAGUGUGCAGGAAGAGUGUUUGUGGACUCGCAGCCAGAGUUCUGUCUCCCUGAGAGAGAACUGUUGGAUCUAUCUACCAUUGACGUCAUACUGAUUUCCAACUACCACUGUAUGAUGGCCCUGCCCUACAUCACUGAAUACACAGGCUUCACUGGGACAGUGUACGCCACAGAACCCACCCUGCAGAUUGGGAGAUUGUUAAUGGAGGAGCUGGUGAACUUUAUGGAGAGAGUUCCCAAAGCACAGUCUGCCACCUGCUGGAAAAACAAGGAAAUGCAAAGGAUGCUCCCUGGGCCGCUGAAGGAUGCAGUCGAUGUGUGGACGUGGAAGCGAUGCUACAGCAUGCAGGAGGUCAACUCUGCCCUCAGCAAGGUGCAGCUUGUAGGUUAUUCACAGAAAGUGGAGUUGUUUGGAGCUGUGCAGGUGUCCCCCUUAAGCUCCGGGUACUCAUUGGGUAGCUCCAACUGGAUCAUCCAGUCUCAUCAUGAGAAAGUCUCCUAUGUGUCUGGUUCAUCCCUCCUCACCACACACCCACAGCCGAUGGACCAAAGCUCCCUUAAGAACAGUGAUGUUCUGAUUCUGACAGGCCUCACCCAAAUGCCCACAGCCAAUCCAGACGGCAUGCUGGGAGAAUUCUGCAGCAAUCUUGCCAUGACGAUUCGAGCAGGAGGCAAUGUGCUAGUGCCGUGCUACUCCUCGGGGGUGAUAUAUGACCUGCUGGAAUGUCUGUACCAGUUCAUCGAGAGCGCCAACCUUGGCACAACGCCUUUCUACUUUAUCUCUCCUGUUGCCAACAGCUCGCUGGAGUUCUCUCAGAUCUUUGCUGAAUGGCUUUGCCAUAACAAGCAAACAAAGGUGUAUCUUCCAGAACCUCCAUUCCCCCAUGCAGAGCUGAUCCAAACCAACAAGCUGAAGCACUACCCCAGCAUUCACGGAGACUUCAGCAGUGAGUUCCGUCAGCCCUGCGUGGUGUUCACCGGUCACCCCUCUCUGCGCUUCGGGGACGUGGUUCAUUUCAUGGAGCUGUGGGGCAAAUCCAGCCUCAACACCAUCAUCUUCACUGAGCCAGACUUUUCUUACCUGGAUGCUUUGGCUCCCUACCAGCCGCUGGCUAUGAAGUGUGUUUACUGUCCCAUUGACACGCGGCUCAACUUCCACCAAGUGUCAAAGCUGCUCAAGGAAGUCCAGCCCCUCCACGUUGUGUGUCCAGAGCAGUACACUCAGCCUCCUCUGACCCAGUCCCACCGCUCUGAUCUGAUGCUGGAGCUGCAGCCCCCUCCCAUGUCCUACAGACGCUGCUCUGUUCUCAACCUGCCCUUCAGACGCCGCUACGAACGUGUCUACAUACUGCCUGAGCUGGCCAACUCCCUGGUACCCUCUGAGAUUAAACCUGGCAUCUCCCUGGCAACUGUGUCUGCAGUGCUGCACUCCAAGGACAACAAACACACACUGCAAUCAGUGCCCAAACCCCCUCCAGCGCCCCCCAGCAAAAAGAGGAAGCGGGUAAUAGAGGAGCCUCCAGUGGUGCUGGCCCCCAAACCCCUGCUUAGUGGAGCUGUGCCCCUGGAAGCUUUCCUGGCCACGUUGCAAAAGCAUGGUAUUACAGAGGUCAAAGUGGAGGAGACAGCAGACGGACACAUUCUGCACCUGCAGGCAGAGGACACACUGAUUCAGCUGGAGGAGGAUGGGACACACAUCGUCUGCGACAACAACGAACCGCUGCGUACCACACUGCGAGACCUGGUGCUCCGCUUCCUGCAGAAACUCUGACCUGAAUCCUCUCCAUGCCUCCUUUUUAAAGUUGUUCUGCUUUCUGGACUGUGGAGAGCCACAGAGAUGAUGACAGAGAGCUGUGAACCGGCCUGUCCCCACCUGAGUCAUAUUUAACAUCGCAACAUUUACAGCAGUUUUACUGUAAAGUCAAGACAUAUUUUGUAAAAUAGUAUUUUGUAUUAAAAGAUAAAACAUGUUAAAGAUCA